AUGCGGAUUAUGGUUGAGGGCAGCGGCAGCAGAAAAACAGCUGCCAUGCGGCCUACAGCUGGGGUUGCCGCCCCCAUGGCAAGCAGUGGGACAGAUGGGCCCACGCACCCACCCCACCCCAAGGAGAAAAGGGGCAAAAAGGCUGCAAAUGCCAAAAAGAAGCCGCUGCCUGCUGCACCAAAGGCAGCCAUGCGGCCUACUGCUGGGGCGCCUGCCGCCCUCUCGGGCCUGGCAAGGCGCCCCCACGGCAAGCAGCAACCAAAGAGGGGGCUUACACCCCCUCCCCAGCACCACUGCCGCUGA